AUGAAGAAAGUCAAACACUCAAAUAUAUUAAUACCAUGCUCCUUGGGUUCUAAUAACUACUCUGGUACUUUGCUUACUGGAACGAUUCCUUACAAUUUAACGUAUUUACCGCAAACAAAUAAUUCUGUUGACAAUAAUUUAAAUGAUAAAAGAAAAGUCAUUAAUUCUAUAAAGUUUGCAAUAAUUCUAAUAUUAAAAAAAAUCCAAGGUUUAUUAAUUAAUACAUAUUGGCUAUUUAUUAAUGUUAUUGCCUUUCAUAACAACAUCAAUGCUGAGCGUCUGAACAAAUUUGGCAACAUUCAUUUUGACGAUACAGAUACAAGGGCAAAUAAUUAUUCACUCCCUAAGUUACCUUAUUACAAUGAAAUUGGAUUAUUUCAUCAUCAUGUUAGUAGUGCAAAUAAAAUUAUUAAUCCCCACAAUAAUAACAACUCCAUUAUGAUAAUGUUGAAAUAUUAUUAUUCUAUUGGGAUCCUUUUAGUGUCGGGGGUUUUUUUUAAAAUGCUUGAAAAAAAAUAUAAGCAUAAAAUUAACAGUCGCGAAUUGUCAGACUGUAAAAAUGCAAAGAAUAAUAUUUGCUUAAAGGAAAAGGAUAUCGAUAGUUAUUAUAACAAAAACUACGAUAUUGAAACUAAUGAAAGGGAAAAGGAAGAAGAAGAAUCUUUAGGUGAGGACAUUGAAAUGUAUUUCAAUAACAGUGGCACAAAAAAAACAACGUCAUAUGCUAAUAAUAAUUUGCCAUUCAAUUCAGAUAACAAAAAUCAUGAUUAUUACCAUGUUUAUAAAAACAGUUACAUGCCCACGUUGCCACUUUAUCAAGGAUUUGUAUCUAUGUAUUCUACCGAUAGAAUAAUAAAAGAUAGGGAUAAUGGUAGUAUAGGAAUAAAAAGUUUUAAUAGGUUUAAUAUGUUUCCAACAUUAAAUUAUAGCACAGUUAUUAAUGAUAACAUACCAGCUGUUGCCGCCAAUAAUAAAUAUGAAGAGAAAAUUGACAUCUUUAAUUUUUGA